AUGGUGAAAACCGUGAAGGAGGAGUUUCAGGUUAAGUGUUUAAAACUCGAUCAUGCCGAGCCAAGGAAUUUUGUCAUUUCUAGAUUGAUGCACAUGUUUUUCUACCCAAUAUGGGCAGGGAUAUGGGCCGUUUUUCAUCUAGUCAAUUUGAUCCUGAUGCCAUACUACAGAAUAGACCUAGCUCCCUACCCCCAGCCCUGGCCGUUUUACCUGUCUAAUUGGGUGUGCCUCAUUCUUGCUGUCCAUGCGGUAUUAGACUUCAUUGUUACAUUGUACGUCUUUCUGAAAAAGCAACCCCUUCUUGUUCCUGAUCCAGCCGGUUUGAUGGACACUCCCUGGUAUCAGCAAUUACUGUGGGUGACGUACAACAUUACAAACGUGACAACUCUGACAAUGACCAUUCUCCUCGGCUCUCUUGUAACUUUCCGUGAUGACGCCCCAAGCAUUAUAAUACAAAUAUUCAGCUCCUUCUACAUCAUUUUUAACAUCUUAAUGGGAGGCAAGGAAACCCGGAUUCUGCAUGUUUACCAACCAAUGAUUUAUAUGUUCCUUUACCUCCUGUUCAAUUCGAUUUACUCGGUAGCUUCCGGUAAAGCGAUUUAUCCAUACAUGGAUUGGGUGAAGACGCCUGCACACGGACUCCUCUGGAUUUUCGGUAUCAUCCUGCUUAUUGUGCCUUUGGUCCACCUUUUUGUUUAUGGCCUUUACAGACUCCGAGAAUGCAUUGCUGACAAAUGUAAGAAAAGUGACGUACCGGCUGUAUAA